AAGUACACGGAGGGUGGAAACGUGAACGCAUGUGGAUAUAAAUAUAGAAUAAUAUGUGUACGCUGCUUUCGAUAUCUGCUGCAUGCGUAGCGUAGUUCUGAUCUGUCAAAAUGUCCUCUCCAGGAUCCAUGCAGGAGCUGCAGGAGGGGUCAGUGUGCCCACUUUGUGCCUGCUAUUUUGAGGAUCCUGUGACCACAGAGUGCGGGCACAGUUACUGCCGGGGCUGCCUGGUGACCCACACUGGCAGAAAACAGAGUACUAGCGGGCAGCUGAUAUGUCCAAAAUGUGGGCGAGCCAUGAGCUGGAAGGGGGUGACCACAGAUAUCCAACUUGGAGUGACCACCCGCAUUGCCCGGCGCCUUAAUCUCCCAGCACCACCCAAGAGAAAGAAGUUUGGGGCACAGGUGAGACGGUACCUUUAUCAAGGCAGGGGUUUAUUUAUAUUUAACCAAGAAAAAAAGUUUCAUUCAGAUCUGAUGGGGUUUGUUGUAACCUGGGAAUUGUGGAGAAUUGACAAUAAAAUAUUGCAAGUUGUAGGCCAGAACCGCUACAUUUUAAAACUUCUCCAUCUCAGUAGGUUCACCAUAUUUUGUUUUAUUGUCUACAAUUCUUGGACAAGCUCCAAUGAUUUAGUUAUAAUUAGAAAUUAGCACCAGACCGAUCAUUUAUUUAAUAAUAUAUAAAUAUUACAUCAAGUCAAAAUGAAUAAGCAAAGAACACUGUGUGUUGAGAAUGAUAAUGUAUUCUAGCGUUUAUAGACUGCUUUCAUUUCAUUAUUGCAAUGCUCAGCUGUCUGUGUAUGAAAUCUGACUUAAUACUCCAUUCACUUUAUAACAUAUAGAUACAAUAAAAGUGAUUCCAUUACUCGAGUGGAAAAUGUGUAACAGUAUUUUAAUACAUUGUGUAAUAGUACUGAUUAUUCUGAUACAGUGUAUAAUAGUGCUGAUUAUUCCGAUACAGUGUAUAAUAGUACUGAUUAUUCUGAUGCAGUGUAUAAUAGUGCUGAUUAUUCUGAUACAUUGUGUAAUAGUACUGAGUAUUCUGAUACAGUGUAUAAUAGUACUGAUUAUUCUGAUACAUUGUGUUAUAGUACUGAUUAUUCUGAAAUACUGUGUAACAAUACUGAGUAUUCUGAUACAGUGUGUAAUAGUACUGAUUAUUCCGAUACAGUGUAUAAUAGUACUGAUUAUUCUGAUACAGUGUAUAAUAGUGCUGAUUAUUCCGAUACAGUGUAUAAUAGUACUGAUUAUUCUGAUGCAGUGUAUAAUAGUGCUGAGUAUUCUGAUAAAUUGUGUUAUAGUACUGAUUAUUCUGAUACAGUGUAAAAUAGUGCUGAUUAUUCCGAUAGUGUAUAAUAGUGCUGAGUAUUCUGAUACAUUGUGUAAUAGUACUAAUUAUUCUGAAAUGCUUUGUAACAAUACUGAGUAUUCAGAUACAGUGUUUAAAAGUACUGAUUAUUCUAAAACAGUGUAUAAUAGUGCUGAUUAUUCCGAUACACUGUGUAAUAGUGCUGAUUAUUCCGAUACACUGUGUAAUAGUGCUGAUUAUUCCGAUACAGUGUAUAAUAGUGCUGAUUAUUCUGAUACACUGUGUAAUAGUGCUGAUUAUUCUGAUGCAGUGUAUAAUAGUGCUGAUUAUUCUGAUACAUUGUGUAAUAGUACUGAUUAUUCUGAUGCAGUGUAUAAUAGUGCUGAUUAUUCCGAUACAGUGUAUAAUAGUGCUGAUUAUUCCGAUACACUGUGUAAUAGUGCUGAUUAUUCUGAUGCAGUGUAUAAUAGUGCUGAUUAUUCUGAUACAUUGUGUAAUAGUACUGAUUAUUCUGAUGCAGUGUAUAAUAGUGCUGAUUAUUCCGAUACAGUGUAUAAUAGUGCUGAUUAUUCCGAUACACUGUGUAAUAGUGCUGAUUAUUCUGAUGCAGUGUAUAAUAGUGCUGAUUAUUCUGAUACAUUGUGUAAUAGUACUGAUUAUUCUGAUGCAGUGUAUAAUAGUGCUGAUUAUUCCGAUACACUGUGUAAUAGUGCUGAUUAUUCCGAUACAGUGUAUAAUAAUGCUGAGUAUUCUGAUACAUUGUGUAAUAGUACUGAUUAUUCUGAUACAGUGUAUAAUAGUGCUGAUUAUUCCGACACAAUGUGUAAUAGUGCUGAUUAUUCUAACACCGUAACAAUACUGAGUAUUCAGAUACAUUGCGUAACAAUACUGAGUACUCUGAUACAGUGUGUAAUAGUACUGAUUAUUCUGAUACAGUGUAUGAUAGUGCUGAGCAUUCUGAUACAUUGUGUAAUAGUACUGAUUAUUCUGUUACAGUGUAAAAUAGUGCUGAUUAUUCUGAUACAGUGUAUAAUACUGCAAAGUAUUCUGAUACAUUGUGUAAUAGUACUGAUUAUUCUGAAAUACUGUGUAACAAUACUGAGUAUUCUAAAAUAGUGUGUAAAAGUACUGAUUAUUCUGAUACAGUGUAUAAUAGUGCUGAGUAUUCUGAUACAUUGUGUAAUAGUACUGGUUAUUCUGAUACAGUGUAUGAUAGUGCUGAGUAUUCUGAUACAUUGUGUAAUAGUACUGAUUAUUCUGAUACACUGUGUAAUAGUACUGAUUAUUCUGAUACAGUGUAUAAUAGUGCUGAGUAUUCCAAUACAGAGUGUAAUAGUGCUGAUUAUUCUGAUACAGUGUGUAAUAGUACUGAUUAUUCUGAUACAGUGUAUGAUAGUGCUGAGUAUUCUGAUACAUUGUGUAAUAGUACUGAUUAUUCUGAUACACUGUGUAAUAGUACUGAUUAUUCUGAUACAGUGUAUAAUAGUGCUGAGUAUUCCAAUACAGAGUGUAAUAGUGCUGAUUAUUCUGAUACAGUGUAUAAUAGUGCUGAGUAUUCUGAUACAGUGUGUAAUAGUACUGAUUAUUCUGAAAUACUUUGUAACAAUACUGAGUAUUCUGAUACAGUGUGUAAAAGUACUGAUUAUUCUAAAACAGUGUAUAAUAGUGCUGAUUAUUCUGAUACAGUGUAUAAUAGUACUGAUUAUUCUGAUACAGUGUAUGAUAGUGCUGAGAAUUCUGAUACAUUGUGUAAUAGUACUGAUUAUUCUGAUACAGAGUGUAAUAGUGCUGAUUAUUCUGAAAUACUGUGUAACAAUACUGAGUAUUCUGAUACAGUGUAUAAUAGUACUGAUUAUUCUGAUACAGUGUAUAAUAGUGCUGAUUAUUCUGAUACAGUGUAUAAUAGUAGUGAUUAUUCUGAUACAGUGUAUGAUAGUGCGGAGUAUUCUGAUACAUUGUGUAAUAGUACUGAUUAUUCUGAUACAGUGUAUAAUAGUGCUGAUUAUUCCGAUACAGUGUAUAAUAGUACUGAUUAUUCUGAUACAGUGUAUAAUAGUGCUGAUUAUUCUGAUACAUUGUGUAAUAGUGCUGAUUAUUCUGAUACAGUGUAUAAUAGUGCUGAGUAUUCUGAUACAUUGUGUUAUAGUACUGAUUAUUCUGAAAUACUGUGUAACAAUACUGAGUAUUCUGAUACAGUGUGUAAUAGUACUGAUUAUUCUGAUACAGUGUAUAAUAGUGAUGAGUAUUCUGAUACCUUGUGUAAUAGUACUGAUUAUUCUGAAAUACUUUGUAACAAUACUGAGUAUUCUGAUACAGUGUGUAAAAGUACUGAUUAUUCUAAAACAGUGUAUAAUAGUGCUGAUUAUUCUGAUACAGUGUAUAAUAGUACUGAUUAUUCUGAUACAGUGUAUGAUAGUGCUGAGAAUUCUGAUACAUUGUGUAAUAGUACUGAUUAUUCUGAUACAGAGUGUAAUAGUGCUGAUUAUUCUGAAAUACUGUGUAACAAUACUGAGUAUUCUGAUACAGUGUAUAAUAGUACUGAUUAUUCUGAUACAGUGUAUAAUAGUGCUGAUUAUUCUGAUACAGUGUAUAAUAGUACUGAUUAUUCUGAUACAGUGUAUGAUAGUGCGGAGUAUUCUGAUACAUUGUGUAAUAGUACUGAUUAUUCUGAUACAGUGUAUAAUAGUGCUGAUUAUUCCGAUACAGUGUAUAAUAGUACUGAUUAUUCUGAUACAGUGUAUAAUAGUACUGAUUAUUCUGAUACAUUGUGUAAUAGUACUGAUUAUUCUGAAAUACUGUGUAACAAUACUGAGUAUUCUGAUACAGUGUGUAAUAGUACUGCUUAUUCUGAUACAGUGUAUGAUAGUGCUGAGUAUUCUGAUACAUUGUGUAAUAGUACUGAUUAUUCUGAUACAGUGUAUAAUAGUACUGCUUAUUCUGAUACAGUGUAUGAUAGUGCUGAGUAUUCUGAUACAUUGUGUAAUAGUACUGAUUAUUCUGAUGCAGUGUAUAAUAGUUCUGAUUAUUCCGAUACACUGUGUAAUAGUGCUGAUUAUUCCGAUACAGUGUAUAAUAAUGCUGAGUAUUAUGAUACAUUGUGUAAUAGUACUGAUUAUUCUGAUACAGAGUGUAAUAGUGCUGAUUAUUCUGAAAUACUGUGUAAUACUGAGUAUUCUGAUACAGUGUGUAAUAGUACUGCUUAUUCUGAUACAGUGUAUAAUAGUGCUGAGUAUUCUGAUACAUUGUGUAAUAGUACUGAUUAUUCUGAUACAGUGUAUAAUAGUGCUGAUUAUUCCGAUACACUGUGUAAUAGUGCUGAUUAUUCUGAUACAGUGUAUAAUAGUGCUGAGUAUUAUGAUACAUUGUGUAAUAGUGCUGAUUAUUCCGAUACAGUGUAUAAUAGUGCUGAUUAUUCCGAUACACUGUGUAAUAGUGCUGAUUAUUCUGAUACAGUGUAUGAUAGUGCUGAGAAUUCUGAUACAUUGUGUAAUAGUACUGAUUAUUCUGAUACAGAGUGUAAUAGUGCUGAUUAUUCUGAAAUACUGUGUAACAAUACUGAGUAUUCUGAUACAGUGUAUAAUAGUACUGAUUAUUCUGAUACAGUGUAUAAUAGUGCUGAUUAUUCUGAUACAGUGUAUAAUAGUAGUGAUUAUUCUGAUACAGUGUAUGAUAGUGCGGAGUAUUCUGAUACAUUGUGUAAUAGUACUGAUUAUUCUGAUACAGUGUAUAAUAGUGCUGAUUAUUCCGAUACAGUGUAUAAUAGUACUGAUUAUUCUGAUACAGUGUAUAAUAGUGCUGAUUAUUCUGAUACAUUGUGUAAUAGUGCUGAUUAUUCUGAUACAGUGUAUAAUAGUGCUGAGUAUUCUGAUACAUUGUGUUAUAGUACUGAUUAUUCUGAAAUACUGUGUAACAAUACUGAGUAUUCUGAUACAGUGUGUAAUAGUACUGAUUAUUCUGAUACAGUGUAUAAUAGUGAUGAAUAUUCUGAUACCUUGUGUAAUAGUACUGAUUAUUCUGAAAUACUUUGUAACAAUACUGAGUAUUCUGAUACAGUGUGUAAAAGUACUGAUUAUUCUAAAACCGUGUAUAAUAGUGCUGAUUAUUCUGAUACAGUGUAUAAUAGUACUGAUUAUUCUGAUACAGUGUAUGAUAGUGCUGAGAAUUCUGAUACAUUGUGUAAUAGUACUGAUUAUUCUGAUACAGAGUGUAAUAGUGCUGAUUAUUCUGAAAUACUGUGUAACAAUACUGAGUAUUCUGAUACAGUGUAUAAUAGUACUGAUUAUUCUGAUACAGUGUAUAAUAGUGCUGAUUAUUCUGAUACAGUGUAUGAUAGUGCGGAGUAUUCUGAUACAUUGUGUAAUAGUACUGAUUAUUCUGAUACAGUGUAUAAUAGUGCUGAUUAUUCCGAUACAGUGUAUAAUAGUACUGAUUAUUCUGAUACAGUGUAUAAUAGUACUGAUUAUUCUGAUACAUUGUGUAAUAGUACUGAUUAUUCUGAAAUACUGUGUAAUAAUACUGAGUAUUCUGAUACAGUGUGUAAUAGUACUGCUUAUUCUGAUACAGUGUAUGAUAGUGCUGAGUAUUCUGAUACAUUGUGUAAUAGUACUGAUUAUUCUGAUACAGUGUAUAAUAGUACUGCUUAUUCUGAUACAGUGUAUGAUAGUGCUGAGUAUUCUGAUACAUUGUGUAAUAGUACUGAUUAUUCUGAUGCAGUGUAUAAUAGUUCUGAUUAUUCCGAUACACUGUGUAAUAGUGCUGAUUAUUCCGAUACAGUGUAUAAUAAUGCUGAGUAUUAUGAUACAUUGUGUAAUAGUACUGAUUAUUCUGAUACAGUGUAUAAUAGUACUGAUUAUUCUGAUACAGAGUGUAAUAGUGCUGAUUAUUCUGAAAUACUGUGUAAUACUGAGUAUUCUGAUACAGUGUGUAAUAGUACUGCUUAUUCUGAUACAGUGUAUAAUAGUGCUGAGUAUUCUGAUACAUUGUGUAAUAGUACUGAUUAUUCUGAUACAGUGUAUAAUAGUGCUGAUUAUUCCGAUACACUGUGUAAUAGUGCUGAUUAUUCUGAUACAGUGUAUAAUAGUGCUGAGUAUUAUGAUACAUUGUGUAAUAGUGCUGAUUAUUCCGAUACAGUGUAUAAUAGUGCUGAUUAUUCUGAUACAGUGUAUGAUAGUGCUGAGCAUUCUGAUACACUGUGUAAUAGUACUGAUUAUUCGGAUACAGUGUAUGAUAGUGCUGAUUAUUCCGAUACAGUGUAUAAUAGUGCUGAUUAUUCUGAUACAGUGUAUGAUAGUGCUGAGCAUUCUGAUACACUGUGUAAUAGUACUGAUUAUUCGGAUACAGUGUAUGAUAGUGCUGAUUAUUCCGAUACAGUGUAUAAUAGUGCUGAUUAUUCUGAUACAGUGUAUGAUAGUGCUGAGCAUUCUGAUACACUGUGUAAUAGUACUGAUUAUUCGGAUACAGUGUAUGAUAGUGCUGAUUAUUCCGAUACAGUGUAUAAUAGUGCUGAUUAUUCUGAUACAGUGUAUGAUAGUGCUGAGCAUUCUGAUACACUGUGUAAUAGUACUGAUUAUUCUGAUACAGUGUAUAAUAGUGCUGAUUAUUCCGACACAAUGUGUAAUAGUGCUGAUUUAUUCUAACACCGUAACAAUACUGAGUAUUCAGAUACAUUGCGAAAUAGUACUGAUUAUUCUGAUACAGUAACAGUACUGAAUAUUCUGAUACAGUGUGUAAUAGUGCUGAUUACUCCAAUACAGUGUGUAAUAGUACUGAUUAGUCUAACACAGUAACAAACUGAGUACUCUGAUACAGUGUGUAAUAGUGCUGAUUAUUUUGAUACAGUAACAAUACUGAGUAUUCUGAUACAGUAACAGUACUGAUUAUUCUAAUACAGUAACAGUACUGAGUAUUCUGAUAUAGUAACAGUACUGAGUAUCCCUAUACAGUGUGUAAUAGUGCUGAUUUUUCUGAUACAGUAACAGUACUGAGUAUUAUCAUACAGUGUGUCAUAGUGCUGAAUAUUCUGAUACAGUAACAAUACUGUGUAUUCUGAUACAUAGUGUAAUAGUUCUGAUUAUUCUAAAUACUGUGUAACAAUACUUAGUAUUCUGAUACAGUGUGUAAUAGUGCUGAGUAUUCUGAUAGAAUAACAGUACUGAGUAUUUUAAUACACUAACAGAACUGAGUAUGCUGAUACAGUUACAAUAUUGGGUAUUCUUAAACUCAGGUACUUUAUAUUCUAAUCUAGUGUGAAACAAUACUGAGUAUUGCAAUACAAUAUGUAACAGUACAGAGUAUUAUGAUACAGUAACAAUAUUAGGUAUUCUUAAACUCAGCUGCUUAAUAUUCUAAUCUAGUGUGUAACAAUACUGAGUAUUGCAAUACAAUAUGUAACAGUACGGAGUAUUAUGAUACAUUAACAAUAUUGACUACUUCAGUAUUCUAAUACAGUAACAGUACUGAGUAUUUUAAUACAGUAACAGUACUGAGUAUUCUAAUACAGUAACAGUACUGAUUAUUCUGAUACAGUAACAGUGCUGAGUAUUUUAAUACACUAACAGUACUGAGUAUUCUGAUGGUUAUAAUAUUGGGUAUUCUGAUACUCUUAAUAUUCUAAUCUAGUGUGUACAAAUACUGAGUAUUGCAAUACAAUAUGUUACAGUACAGAGUAUUAUGAUACAGUAACAAUAUUGAGUACUUGAGUAUUCUAAUACAUUGUGGUACUGAGUAUUAUGAUACCAUGAGUAACAGUUCUGAGUAUUCUGAUAAUGUUUGUAACAAAGAAAUAACCAGAGUACCACACAUUAUUUACUCACUAAACUGGGAAUUGUCAGAGACUAGGAAUAAACUGCUGACAAUGUCCAAAUCAGCUAAUUCCGCUUUGUCUAAAAUGUCUAAUUUUCGUGUUAUUGCCCCAUAUUCCCCAAUUUAGUGAAUUAAUCCGAUAGUAUUAUUUGAGUAUUGGACAAAUAAUGAUUAUAUUGCUGGGUAAAAUGCUGGAGUGGAAAUUCUGUGUAGUCAUCUGAUUUUUGGAUAAUGUCUCUUUAAUUCACUAUUUGCCAAAUAUUUGUCAGUUUCAGCUGUUGGUCGGCACAUGAAAAGUGCUGUAUGUAACUGCACAGAAUACACUGCGAGCCUGGGAGAGACCAUGUAAUAGCCACAAACAGGGCGCCAUGAUCAGCUGCUGUGCAUGGAUUCUGGGAAGCACUUUUCAUGCACAUACAAACUCAAGGAGGACACUGCAACCCUACAUGCAUGCCUGGCACUCAGCAGCGUUCUAGACAUUAGGAUUUCCAUUUAUUUUUAGCAAUAUCAAGGUGACAAUCUCAGAAUUUCACUGAAACCCCCUCAGCUCCUAUUAGGUUUUAUUGACUAACCAGGAACUGUACAGAAUCGACAAAGGAAACACAGAUUUUACACCAAAUAGUAAAGCAGGAAAAUAGCUGAGUUGAAGCUGAACUUGAAUUUCUUCCAGCGUUUCUAAAUCCGUUGCCAAUUCUCCACAUUCCCCAGUUUAGUAAAUUAAACCCAUGGUAAAUGGUUCUGCUGAGAGCCAACCAGUACGAUGUGCGCCAGUACAUUCCAUAGCAGGCGGGCAGCUCUCGCUGGCUUCCACUCACCCAGCAAACUUUGUUCUUCUCACUUCUGCUUAUUGACAAAACAAGAGAUUUCUUUUUUCACUAACGUGAACGAAGUUGCAAAAUUCAGGCCAAAAUAGCUGAUUUAGAAAAAUUAUCCACUUUAUCUACAGCCACAGACUCAUUAUUUUACUCAGCACAUUGCGGUUAGAUUUUUCAGUUCAACAAAAUUCACUGAGAGAAUAAACGGUAAACUCUGUACAAAAGUCAAGUAAAAAGGUACAAAAAACCACUUCCUCAAAUGUUGUGCUUAUUCUGUACUAUUCAAUCUUUCUAUAAAAUAAAAGAUUUUCAAAGAAAAAACAAAACACUUCCUCGAUUUAAAAAAAUGAAGAACAGGGAAUUCUUAAAAAUAUGCGGCUGUCUGUUCUUCCACGUAGAAACGCACAGUAUUUAUUUAUUACACUCCUGCCAGCCAGCAGAAGGAUUCUUCGCAAUGGCUGCAGCUGGGCAGUCUCUAGGCUUUUUUCCACUAAACUUUGUAUUGUAUUGAAUUAAAAUCCAAAUGGCAAUAUUUAGGCAAAAAUAGUUGCUCUUGAAAAAUUCUCAUAUCCACUAUAGUCACAGCUCGACUAUAUUUGCCUGAGGUUUCCAGUUUGGAUCUCAAAUCAGAGUUUCGUGAAUAAACCCCUAGGUCUCACACACCACUCUUACUGUGUGUACACAGCAUGCUGUGCUGGUUGUGUUUUUAUCUGGGGUAUAUAGCAAUCUGUGUGUGUUGACAGCAGGAAGGAACUGAGCAGCUGCCGCCAAUCUGAUUCUAAAUUACAGGAAUUCUCGCUGACGGGAGUAUAGAUAACAGAUCUACACACUCAGCAAACUGUACUGGAACAAACUAAGGCCAAAAUAGUGCACAGAGUGAAGCAGCAAAGACCAUACCCUUUAAUAGGGUUAUUAACUAAGGUAAAAAUUGCUGCGAAUUCAAAUUGAGUGAUUUCAAAAUUUAGGCCAGUACAGCCAGAUUUGAAGAAACGCCAAGUCAAUUCUGUGUUAAGUUGACUAUUUUGACCUUAAAGGGACCCUAUAGUCACCUGAACAACUUUAGCUUAAUGAAGCAGUUUUGGUGUAUAGAACAUGCCCCUGCAGCCUCACUGCUCAAUCCUCUGCCAUUUAGGAGUUAAAUCCCUUUGUUUAUGAACCCUAGUCACACCUCCCUGCAUGUGACUUGCACAGCCUUCCAUAAACACUUCCUGUAAAGAGAGCCCUAUUUAGGCUUUCUUUAUUGCAAGUUCUGUUUAAUUAAGAUUUUCUUAUCCCCUGCUAUGUUAAUAGCUUGCUAGACCCUGCAAGAGCCUCCUGUAUGUGAUUAAAGUUCAAUUUAGAGAUUGAGAUACAAUUAUUUAAGGUAAAUUACAUCUGUUUGAGAGUGAAACCAGUUUUAUUUUCAUGCAGGCUCUGUCAAUCAUAGCCAGGGGAGGUGUGGCUAGGGCUGCAUAAACAGAAACAAAGUGAUUUAACUCCUAAAUGACAGUGAAUUGAGCAGUGAAAUUGUAGGGGAAUGAUCUAUACACUAAAACUGCUUUAUUUAGCUCAAGUAAUUUAGUUGACUAUAGUGUUCCUUUAAAUUCAAGUUCACUUUGAAUCAAAGGACCACUACGGUCACCCAGACAAUUGCCGAAGGUUGCCUAUCCCUUGUGUAUAGUGUAUUGCCUGGUGUGGCCAAUGGAGAAUAAUAAUGAAAAUUACAUGUAAAUACCUCCCAAGAUCCCUAGUUCUUUAUUCCUGUCUACACUCCCCACCUACAAGCAAAAUAUUUGACCAUUUUUAUGUAUUUGCGUCACACCUACUGUAUGUGAGAAAAACAGCAAUUUUACUUUUAUACUAACUUUUCAGACCACGUGUGAAAUAUUGCAACAUGAAACACUGUAUACCGUCUAAAGGUUUUCAUUUACCAAAUAUUUUUUAUAAAAGAUGAAAGAAUUAGUGAAAAAUAAUAAUUAUGUAAAUUUAUAUAACAAUUGGAUUUUUUCUCUGAAGAGCAAUCUACACACAAAAAUCAUGUUAUAUAUUUAUAGGCUAGCUGCGCAUCCCCUAUCUCAAAUAAAUGGUGUGCUGUGAUUUUGGGUUUUUUUAAUCACAAAGCUCGCACUGAAGGGGCUAGUAAAUCCUGCAUUUGUUCCACACGGAUGUAGUGUGGACUUUACAUGCAGUUUCGAGUUUGUUUUAUUAAGACUCAGGUUUUUUUUCCCACUUCUGCUUAUUAACAAAACCACAGGAUGUUUUCACUAACCAGAGAAUCAGAUUGAAAAAUUCAGGACAACAUAGCUGGUUUGGAAAAGAAAUCUCGAUUUCAUCUAAAGUCACGGACUCACUACUUUACUCUGCACUGUACAGCUAUAUUGUCAAGUGGCCAUAGUUCACUGUGUACUGAUCAACGCUAUACAAGGUCAUGCAAAAAGGUACAAACACUUAAUAAAUGGAGGGUCUUUUCUGCUCUCCUUUGUCGGUGAAUCCUUUGGCAUAGAAUAUAUGCCAAAUAAUUGACUGACAGAUGGGAGAAAGACCCGUUUUAAAAUAGGUCUUUCUCCCAAUCUAUACAUUUCCCGGCCAAUCUGCUAGCACAAGGUAAAGAUAAACUUUUACGCUGUUUAAAAGACCAUAGGUACUUUUGGGCAUGAUAGGUACCCUUUAAUUGCUGUCAUAGUAUUGCUGAUAGUGCUCCAGAGCCAUUGCCCCACUUUAUAAAUUGUGAGCUGAGUUCAACAUGCAGUCCUAAUGACCAUGUGUAAUUAUGUCGGUAAGACACAUCCACUGGGAAUCUUUUUAAAAUCCUUUAUACACACCAAAUACAACACAACCAGCAUAGAGACAGAAUUUGUAAAAUAAAGAGAUACGUAACUGCCCAAGUACAAAAAAUAUAUAAAAGUAACAAUUAAGUAGAUAUGUCCCCAAUUAAAAUUUGCAUGCAUAAAUAUUGUGGCUGCCCAUAAGCUAUGCCCCAGGAUCAGGGGGAAUGCUCCCCACCACUAAAACAACAUUAAAAGCCUGGGAUGUGUUAAAGGACCACUCUAGGCACCCAGACCACUUCAGCUUAAUGAAGUGGUCUGAGUACCAGGUGCAGCUAGGGUUAACUUAUUUUUUUUUAUAAACAUAGCAGUUUCAGAGAAACUGCUAUGUUUAUAAAUGGGUUAAUCCAGCCCUCAAAUCCUCUAGUGGCUGUCUCAUUGACAGCCGCUAGAGGCGCUUGCGUGAUUCUCAUUGUGAAAAUCACAGUGAGAACACGCAAGCGUCCAUAGGAAAGCAUUGUAAAUGCUUUCCUAUGCGACGGGCUGAAUGCGAGCGCAGCUCUUGCCGCACAUGCGCAUUCAGCCGAAAGGGAGGAGAGGAGGAGGAUCGGAGGCGGAGAGCUCCCCGCCCGGCGCUGGAGAAAGGUAAGUUUUAACCCCCUUCCUCUCCCCAGAGCCCAGCGGGAGAGGGACCUUGAGGGUGGGGGCACCCUCAGGGCACUAUAGUGCCAGGAAAACAAGUAUGUUUUCCUGGCACUAUAGUGGUCCUUUAAGGAGGUAAAGGGAAAUGCCUGGUGGUCUCUGAAAUAUGAGCACCCUGAUGUUGAUGUUGACUUCUGGAGAGCUCUCUCUCUAUAGCCAAUUUGGACAAUUUAUAUUCAAACAAUCAUUACUAACCUUCAACAAAAUUCAAAUUAAAUAUAAUCCGGAUGAUUUUGUUGCCCCAAGUACGAAAUUAUAGUUAACAAACUUAGAGAGAUUUUUGAAGUCCCAAUUCUUGAGCACGUUCUCAUUAUUAUUUUAUAGAUUUUUUUUAAAUUUUGUAAUUUAAUUUUUUUCUUAAAGGGACACUGUAGGCACCCAGACCACUGCAGCUCAUUGAAGUGGUCUGUGUGCAGUGUCCCUUUUAAACCUAGUGCUGCAAUGUUUAACAUUGUAUUUCCAUAGCAAUGUUUACAUUGCAGCUCCAGGGGCCACUUGAGGAGCUUCCUGGAUCCAAACGGACUUUUGAUCCGGUAUAUGACGCUGCACAUCCUUACGCUCUGCAUGAGGACAUCAGCGUCAGAUUUUUUCCCUAUAGGAAAGCAUUAAUUCAAAAAAGUGAAAAAGUGAGCAGGCAACCUUUCUGUUUUGUUUCAUGUAUUUAGGCUGAUAAAUACUAUAGCCACUGCUGCCGCCCAAGAGUUGUGGGAGUUUGAUCCCAGAGGCUAUUUUAUUGUGUUUCCAUAAUGCUUUGCAGCUAGUGUUAAAGUAGUUUGUGGCUGUUUUGCCUAUUACUGACAGCACGUUACAGUGGAUAGCUGGAUGAUCUAUACACAAGGCCUAAUGUUUUAUUAAUAGUGACCAUAUGGCAGUUAUCUAAAAUGUGUCCUGCAGGGUAAUCAUAAAAUCAAUGCUACCCCGCUGGUCUGUUCUGUUAUAACCGCAUUGUAUGACCGUUACUCUGUAAUGUCACCCUAGGAUGUCAGCUUGUUUGAACAAUGCCCUCAGCACCUUCUGUUCCUGUACGCCCAGCUCGUCUUGUUGCUAAAACUUGUGUGUUAGUCCACCUAUUGUACAGCGCUGCCAAACUUGUUAGCUCUUUAUAAAUUAUAAUAAUAUUCACUAUUUGUUAAAGAGCAGGGGUUUGACUGUGCACACUGUAAGGGGUAGGACAUAAAAGGUGGCUGGAGAAAUUGUGUACAAUGGCCCCCGGAUGGGUUGUGAAGGUUUAGAAAUUAUAAAUAAAAGUCACGGGGGGGGGGAGGGAGUUAUCAUAGAGAGACACAUAAAUUAUCAGCCUGGGAUUGCUCAGCUGCUGUGAACCUGUCUACCUUUAGGGAGAAAUAAAUAUAGGAAUCCCUGGGACACUUCUUGUCAUUAUUAAAAUGCAGCUUGUGUAAACACUUAUCACGUGAUCUGUAUGUAUUUCUGGUGUCUGCACACCUCCUGAUUUCGGCAGUAUAGAAAUUGGGAAGCCGUUGGGAGGGGGGAAAGGGCACAAAGGUGAGAGCCUGUGGGAAAACACGCCAGGCUGUGUGCCAAUAAUUUUAACCAGCCCGCUGAGGGCAGACCCUGCGGCAAGCACUGUUUUAGUGCUCUCUCCAGAAACCUGGCGCCCUGAACGUAGUGUAAGUGCGUCUAAUGACACACUAGCGCUAUUAUUGUUUGGUGUCAUGGUGUCCCUAAAAGUGGUACUAAUUCUGUAAGGUGGGACAGGACCAGGAAAUUGGGAUUAAUAGGAGGCAUGUUUCUGGGGCACUUAAAGUGACAUCACAUGACAUCAUGGCGGAUACCUGCGCAAGCAGCCAGUAUGCCUUGUGCCCCUCAGACUGAGUCCAUGGGAUGUGUAGAAAUACAUUUCUGUGAUAGGAGCAGGAUCAAGUUUAAAGUUAUCAGAAUAUGAAAUGGCAGACAUUGGUGAUAGCGAGAAAGUGAGAAAUAAGGAAAUUAAACCAGGAAGGAUCCAUGACAGGUCAGAGUUGGCGCUGUUAAAUUAAGUAGUCCGCAUCACGCAUUGUUUGUAGGAAUGUAUAUCUCAGGGCUUUGCUAAUUGUUCCUAUUCUGUAGCAUGCCUGUUUUAUACAGUAAUUAGAAUGGUAUUAUGCCAGUCUUGACGAGACGUUAUGAGUUCACUAAUUAGCUCAGUGUUUCCAGUAAGUCUCAAUCCUCUAAUUUUACGCUUUCUCUAAAUGAAGUCAUUAAACAAUUAAUGUAAUGAGCUGCUGAGCCAUGUGUUAAAGGAAAACUGUCAUCAUUUUUAUUAUCAUUUCUGAUACAAAAUUAUAUGCAUUAUAGCCUCUGUUUGUAUCAUUUUGUACAGCGAAGAUAUAAGAAAAUAUUUAGUGCAUCUAAAGGAUUAAACUUCCUCCAUAGGGGCGGCCAUUUUUAAUUCCUGUUUGGUUGGAAAUUCAGCUUACUCAUCUGCACAGGUCUGGUGGCAGUGCUCAGUAAUUCAGACAUACUGGAAACGGGUGGUGUUGAUGAUAAACGCCAUUACAGGAGUCCAGAUCGCCCAUUCCCCAGAAACAUUAUUAUUCCUGCUGCAUCCAGAUCCAAUCCCCGUACCACAAAAGAUGCUACUCAACCACUUAUGGACAGCUGCAAAUCUUCUCGUUCCAGUUAAAUGGAAAAAAAAUCUUACCACUGUGGCCCUUGGAAUGCAUAUAAAGAGUGGAAUCGAUAAGGGUAAUGGAAGACACUACUGCUUCCUUGACUGAUAGGUACCCAAUCUAUACCUCCACCUGGGAACCUUGGUUGAAAUUUUAUGUCAGAUAACUCCACGUCACAGUAAAAUUGGACACAAUAUUGUCUCAUGCAAAUGUACAGGUAUUCUGACCUGUCUCACACCAAGUCACCUACCCAGCAAACUAUGCCCCACUCCCUCGUGGGUACCUACACUGAUAGUGGCAAUAGACUCAGGUUGAGUCCAAAGGGCUUGUGUAUUCCUCAGUUAUAUUAGAUUAUGGUCUUAACUUAAGUAACAAUGUGACACUUGUUACUACCCAUUCCACAACCCAGUGGCCAUAGUUUGUUACCACUAGAGAGCGUCCUGAACAGUGGAACAUUCAAUAGCGGGCCUACUGAGUAAGAUCAACCAUCAAGACUUCAAGACCUAUCCGCCCAACUUCAUUAUGUUACCAGAAGUUACCCUUCAGACAUGGAACAUGUUUCACUUGGAAUUAAUGUGAAGCUGGUUGUCUGAAUUUGCACUCUGCAUUUACUUCUGUAAUUUUCUGAACAUACUCCUAUGUCAUACAAAACUAAGAACAUACAAAAAACUUCUAAAAGAAAAUAAAAGAAAUACUGCUUACUCAACAAAAGUCCAUGAAUACUUUGAAUGGUAGAAAUUGUCUCAGAGUGCGAUUUUGUGAUGCCACCUCAGCAUUGCUGGGCACACAAAAGGUCUCUGUUACCUGUGGGGUCUGUGAUCAGAUACCAUAAGGGCUUCCAACCAAAGAGGAUUUAAAGAUGGCUGCUCGCAUUGAAGGGAUAUUUAUUUAUAUAUGUGCAUUACAAUAUAGCACACAGAAGCAAUCAAAUGUAAAUAUUCAAAAUAUUUAAAAAAAAAUUUUUUUCAAAAACAAAGAUGGUUGUUUUCCUUCAAGGAAAUUAUUUUGCAUUAAUAAUAAAUAUACACAGAGGAGCUGCAGGCUUUCACAGGCACGACUUGAGUACGAGGAAAAUACUUCAAAAUAAAGACAGUUCCUCUGGUUCUUUUAAGAUACGCUGGUUAUGGGUAAAGAGUUCCAGCACAUGUUGUUGGACUAAAAUUCCCAGAGUUCUCUCACAGCCAAAAGGAAAUACAACCUAACAGCUGGAUGUCAAGCUUUCUAUAAUCUCAAACACCGAGAAGUCGGGAUGCAUUGUUAUCUAAUAUGCAAUAAAUGUCACUGUUAUCCUUGAGCAGAUGAGGUAAAAUUAUGGAAAAACUAGUUGGGUAAAAGUUGCUCAGAAUAAGGGCUGUUCUAACUAAUGCCUUUACCAAUGAACACAAUAUAGCAUAGCCUGGGGCUGGAGAGACAACAGGAGCUUAAAUUCAGGAAACAUUGCCAUCAGAAACUGUUGUAGAUACAUGUAGCAGCAUCCCAGCAGAGAUGGCUGAGACUAAAUACGAGGGAAGGAUUUACUAUGAUAUAGUACUAUCUUACCAGUUCUCUUAUCAACAUUAUAUAAACAGUGCGAAUGCAUGAUCUGCCAUGAACAGGGCUACAGUUAGGUUAAAUCUCUAUGCCGUGAAUUGUAGUGAAUUGAAAACGGAAUUGUAACAUUUAUCUCAAGGUUGCUGAUGUGAAAAACUUCCAAUUUAGCCAUAGUUAAAUCUUGACUGAGAAUUCACAGUGAAUUUCCAAUUUGAAUACAAAGUAGCUGAACCGAAAUCUUAGCUGACCCAGAGAUUUUUUCAAUUUCCGCCAUUCUGAUUUUGACAUUGAAAUUCACGAGGAAUUCACAGAUCUUUAAACUGACUUUACAGGGACAGUCUUAGACCCAUAACUACUGAAUUCUGUAGUGUCAAUGAUGCUUAGACUACAAUUGCAAGCCCAAAAGUGGUGCAAGUAUAGUUAAAACUGUUAAUAUUUGGGGGCGGAGCCGAGCACCAGACAGGAACGGUCGCAUCACCUCCGAGCUCCAGACAAACGACGCCUAAAAGGCCCUAAAACGAAGCCCUGCGGCACCUACAGAGGCAUUCUACCAGCUCCCGGGGAAACCCCAGUAAGCGAGCAACAAGCUGAUGCCUUUUUUGUAUCCGCAAACGAGCAGAAAGACCCGACAGAAAACCGGGGCCUACACCGCCUACCAAGCCUCAAGGCUAGCACAAGAACUCACAGCCCUGCGAGUGCACCAGGACGCCUACCUGCAGACUGGAACAGCUGCACCUAACAACUACAACAUGGGCAGAAAAUCCCAGAGACCCACACAGAACACAAGCAGGACCACACAGGACAUAGGCAACCUGCUGCAAAAACCAAUGGCGCCCAAGAUGGCGGCCUCGCCAGACCGCACAACUGCCUCCCAAGAUGAAGGAGAGAAAUCCGGAGCCGAACAAGAACUAUUAACCGCUCACCCAAUAAGGGAUCCACAAACUAACAGAACUAACAUCACACCGGCUACUAAACAAGACAUAGCCGACCUGCUGAAAGAAAUGAGACAAAUGCACGCAGCAGAUAUGGACUUGCUAAGGACCGAAAUGCAGGCAGUAAUUACACGCACUCAAGCCACCGAAGAGGACACCCUAGACUUGAAACAAGAGGUACAGGGGCUAAAAGAACAAAUAAUACUCAUGCAGACAUCCCAAUCCAACCUCACUACGAGAAUGGACCUAGCAGAGGACCGCAACAGGCGCACUAACUUAAAACUAAGGGGGAUACCGGAUAGCGUGGACUCCACAGAACUACCCCACUACCUCAGACGUCUCACAACCACGCUCCUACCGUACGCCCAAGCCAAAAAAUUCACACUAGACGGCUUCUUUAGGAUCAAAAAAGCAAGACAAGCCCCAGCCACAGCUCCACAAGAUGUCAUCAUCCGGUGCCACUCAGUGGCAGACAAAAUCAAGAUCCUUACAGCAGUCAGGGAAAAGACACCACUUGCUUUUGAAUCAUCCCACAUCACCUUCUAUCAGGACUUAACAAGAAACACACUGUUGUGGGGCAGGUCCUUGGAACAAGUGACGAGCAGUCUGCACGAAGCUAAAAUUGAGUACAAAUGGACUCUACCAAGGACCCUGACUGUUACCAAAAACGGAACCACACACAAUCUUUCCUCACUACAGGAGGCAGAACAGUUCCUACGCGCACUGGGGAUUCACGCUGGACCCGCAGCACAAGAAACUCCCACGUCUUCGCACACCUGGGAUCCUGACAGAACGACUCCAUUCAUCCCCAGGAAUAAAGAGCACCGGAGAGAACCGACCUGAACUGUAAAAUUGUAGCCAACAAGCAUACAAUGCAUUAACCGGUUUCCGGUCUUGCCUUCUGUCUUACCUUUGGUUUCUCCUGUUGGUUCACUGUUUAUUUUUAUGUAUUACUGUAACAUAUGCACCUACACGACUAACUAAACGCUACACCAUAACUGCUGCUGACACAACAUCAGACAAGACCCACCCUGACACAUACACCAAAAGCUCCAGGGAGAAUACACCUCCUCCCACCCCCACCCACCCCCCGCGACCUCCUCGGUAAGGAGUCAAUUCCCAACCCACUGGACGAUCGCAGAGGCACACAUAGGCUCAAUGAGCGACAACCCCUAUACACACGUAUACCUAUACGCAAACGGACACAUGAGGACUUCAUAGCACUCACCUGUGGACACAAACGCCACUGAGGACAACCAUUCGUACACACAAUUCACCCCUUUAGGGAACAUGUAAGGGGGCACAAACAUGCAACCAACCAACUCCAAACAGACAACCCUUGGGUUCUUUACCCCCCCACACUACUACAAUCCUAACACUGGAGGGGAAAAAGACACACUCCUCAAAAUUACUCCAAUGUUGCCUCAGUUCGACAACAACUGACCCAUAAAUUAUAUUAAAAUGUGCAGAACUAGCUGACACCACAGAUUAGAAUCGACAGACUGCUAUGUAUGCCUAAACUAUGUUGUGAUGUCAUGAAACAUUUGAAAACCCGGAAGGCUUUUGUGGCCAUACGGGUAGUAUUGUAACUAACCUUACACGCAAAAAUAAAGAAUUGCAAAAAAACAAAAACAAAAAAAGCCUGUUAAUAUUUCAGACUAUACUUCUUUUAAAUCAAUAUUAAAUGUGCAGAUUAUUUAUGAUCUUGUACCAAUUACUAAGUGAAUGGGAAAAAAAUAAAAAUCUUGAAAUGUUAUUCCUCAACCUUUCAGCUCCUCUAAACAAAUAAAAAACGAUGAGGAUUAUCCAACACUAAUUGUACCGUUUUAUUCCGAUAUUAACCAUAUUUGGCAAAACAUCAAAAUAUAAAGAAAUAUAUUUGCAAUUGCUUCUUUAUAAAAACAGAAACAAACACAUAUUUAGCAAAUGUCGAGCCUCAAUUUAAUAUUUUUUGGUUAAGCUUUUGAAAUGAUGUAUUUAUUUUUGGAUAAACUUUUCCCAAAAAUAUGAAAUUAUGUGAAAAGCUUAACCAGCAAUAUUAAAUGGGGGCCUUAAUUACUAAACAUAGAAUGUGACGGCAGAUAAGAACCAUUCGGCCCAUCUAGUCUUGCCAAUUUUCAAAAUACUCUAUUUCAUGGAUAGGCAACCUUCGGCACUCCAGAUGUUGUGGACUACAUCCCCCAUAAUGCUCUUACAUCCAUAAUGCUGACGAAGCAUCAUGGGAGGUGUAGUCCAAAACAUCUGGAGUGCCAAAGGUUGCCUAUGCCUGCUCUAGUUAGUCCCUGGCCUUAUCUUAUAGUUAGGAUAGCCUUAUGCCUGUCCCACGCAUGUUUAAACUCCCUCACUGUGUUAACCUCUACCACUUCAGCUGGAAGGCUAUUCCAUGCAUCCACUACCCUCUCAGUAAAGUAAUCUUGUCUCUCACUCAGAGAUAUCAGAAAGAAAGCUUUCCUAUAAUGCAUUCUUAAUCCACGCUUCAUCUACUAAAAGUGCAUUCUGUAAUACAUAUAUAUUGAUUUAUUUUCAUAUCUGGGGAAAUUGGGCUCACUGGGAUAUAAUGCCAGUCCUGAAUAUACACAUGCUAACAAGUCCUUUCUUUUUAUUAUUUUUUUAUUAUAGGGUUUACAAUAACAAAAAGAGAAGACUGCAGAAUAUCCCUACUCUGAGAGGCCUGCAGACCAUCACCUUUGUGGGAGGAUGGAUGAAUGGCUGGCUUGAAGGAGAGUGUCCAUUGCCAGCAACAGAUCUUCAGUCCUAAUAUUUAUGUCUCUGAAUAUUUAUAUACGCUCUGUAUUUUUCCACUUGUUUUAAUAUAUAUAAAAAGUGUAUUUUUAUAUUAAAGUAUCUAUUUAAUAAUACAUGUAUUCGUAGUAACCAGAUUGUAUAACGAUACUGAGUAUCCACACUGUGAUACUAAAG